ACGGGCCUGUGUACGAACGCCGUUUUCUCGCUGACUUCGCGCGAUGUUUGCGAGCGCUUAAUUGCUUUAGCAGAAAAACUUGAAAUUGUGCGGCCGCAGAUAGCUCGAGCUUGGCACACCUUGUGAAUCAUCGAGAAAUUACUUCGUUCACUGCGAUCGGAUACUUCUAUUACGAUAGAGAAGUUUUUAUGACGUCGGGAAAAUGGCUGCUUCUGCAAUGUAAAUAGAGUUUAAUGACUUCACGAGAAUACGCUUUAUUGGUUUACUGGAAUGGUACCCGGGAUUUCACAGGAGUAUACCAACUAUUUCAGAGAAAUCAACCACAGUCUGAAACCAAUUUGAUUUCACCCAUAAAAAUGACUUGAGUAGAUACUGAAACGUCGUCGAGCUGACUACUGCGUUUAAAUCAAUGGCUUUAAUGAUAAUGUAAAUUACGGGAACUUCAAUAUACUUUGUCUCGUUAAUCGAAACGUCGAUUGGCUGGAAUUACGGUAUAAGCUGGGACAUUAAUGAUGAACCUCUCGGUACGCUUCAUCUGCUUUACGGGCUUCUUUAUCCUUGUUUCGAUCGAUGGCUCUUGUUCGUUACAGUUUUUAUGGUACAUGCUUGAUUUACUGUGCGUGACGUCUGGUUUAGGGUUUAAAAAAUGUCUUGAGUAACUGCACUUUCACAAUUCGUUUUGGGAAUUUUCAUAUAAGUUUUUUUUUUUAAUAUGUUUUUAUUCGCCUUGUCGGCUACGAAUGAUAGACCUUAUGUGUACAAGUGUCGCCAUCUCGGUAGUGUGCCUAGAAGAGUUUGCAGAGCAAAGUAAGUAUACGGUUUCCGUUUUAUAGUGUAUUCAUUUCCGUCUUGCUGUCAACAUCUGGUUUUUCGUUAAAUCUGGGAGUAGAAGGACGCGUGCAUACUCUGUUCGCGAGAUAAAGAAUGGCCGGGUAUACUGGUCAGGAUAAUUAUUGGUCCCAACCACCUCAGAGCCAAUAUAACUUUGAUACAGCAGGGUUUGGUCAACCUAACCAACAAUUUGAGUUCCAAUCGUACAGUGAACAACAAGCUGGUGAUUAUUCGGCUUAUCCACAGAAAGGCUUUCUUGAUCCUACACAAAAUGUGUACGGUGGUGAUAUCUACACACAGGAUGACUAUGUCAAGGGGACUGCUGGUUUUGGCGAAGAAGAAGACGAGCCACCAUUGCUAGAAGAACUUGGGAUAGAUCCUGAUAGGAUUAUACAGAAGACUUUAGCUGUACUAAAUCCAUUUCAUAGACGAGGACAAACCGAUGAUGCAAAUUACCUUUUGCAAGAUUCAGAUUUAGCUGGACCUGUUACAUUUUGCUUAGCUCUUGCUGCAUUUCUACUAUUGGCUGGGUCUAAAGCUCAUUUUGGUUAUGUUUAUGGCCUUGCAGUUACUUCUUGUAUAAUGAUGUAUGUGCUACAAUCCUUAAUGAGUAGCACUGGUAAUAUUACACUGUCAUCGGUUGCCUCGGUUUUGGGUUACUGUAUUCUGCCAGUCGUCGUUCUUGCGGGAUUGAGUGUGUUCACUACUCUCAGAGGACCCAUCGGUAUGCUUCUGUCUGUAUUGGCAGUUUCAUGGGCUACUUUGUCUGCGUCAAGACUAUUCUCUGCUAUGUCUGGAGAAGAAAAGCAACGCCUUCUAAUCGCUUAUCCUUGUCUUCUUCUUUAUGGUGUAUUUACAUUGAUAGUAAUUUUUUAAGUAAUUACAAAUUACUUGUACGGUCUUAACUCAAAAUUGAAUGUGGUUAAUGGACUGAACAUAAGGAGCCUAAGAGUGAUUCUUACCAGAACAAUGGAAAUUUUCGUGCCAAUAACAUUAUGGAACAUUGCUGAUUAUAGGAAAAUAAAAUCUUGUAAUGUACUCGUA